CACAGAAGAAGUUGAUAAGAACAACAACAACAACGACGAACCCGUUUUCGUCUUCUUCUUCUUCUUCUUCUUCCCGGCACUUUCUUCCAUCUUCCACUCACAUUUCUCUCGUUUCCUUCCUCCUCCUCACACCGUCGUUUACCUCAAUCUUCACCUCCACACUGCAUUGCCUACGACAAUAACAACCAUUUCAUUUCAUUUCCAUUCUCCGAUUCACUCACCUCUCUCUCUCUAUGGGAAACGCUAACGGCAGAGAAGACGGAGGAGCGAUUUCCGGCGCCGGCGAUCCCUCCGCCGCGGAUUCCGCCAUCCGUGGACCUCACGCGCCGGAUUUGAGGCCUCCUGUUCGCGCCUUCUCCUCCGAUUCAAUGGCUAAUAGUCCGCCGCAGAGUCCUCGCCGCUCCAGAUCCCCGAUCCUCUUCGGUCCUCAGGUUCCUCUGGCUCCUCUACAAAGAGGCAAUGGCCCGCCUUUUCUCAAUCAAAUUUGGCAGCCUGAGCUUCAUGGUACUAUUAGUCAACCUGCUGAGCAAGGAAUCCCUGUCAUGAUCACGUGGAGUUAUGGUGGUAACAAUGUGGCUGUGGAGGGAUCUUGGGAUAACUGGACAACUAGGAAGGCAUUGCAGCGAGGUGGCAAGGAUCACUCAGUUCUUAUAGUCCUGCCAUCAGGUAUAUAUCAUUACAGGUUCGUUGUUGAUGGUGAACAGAGAUAUAUUCCAGAGCUUCCUUAUGUUACUGAUGAGAUGGGGCAUGUCUACAAUCUUCUUGAUGUCAAUGAUUACGUGCCAGAAAACCCUGAAGGCGUGUCUGAGUUUGAGGCGCCACCCUCCCCACAAUCCAGCUACGGUCAUGACUUUCCACCUGAUGAGGACUAUGCAAAAGAGCCAAUGGCCGUUCCUUCGCAGCUACAUCUUACAGUCCUAGGUGUGGAGAAUGCAACUGAAGUGGUUUCCUCUUCAAAGCCUCAACAUGUUGUGCUAAAUCAUGUCUUCAUAGAGAAAAACAUGGCGUCAAAGUCUGUUGUUGCCCUAGGAAUGACUCACAGGUUCCAGUCCAAAUAUGUCACAGUUGUCCUUUACAAACCACUCAAGAGGUAGAGGAGAAUAUUACUUCAUUUUGUAGCCUCAGUCUGUAAAGAAAAGUUUGAAUAAUACUCCCUCCCCAAUAGGUGGUAUAUCAAGGUCUUGUGUCUGUAGAUAUAUGUUUGAAAGUAACUCUUGCGUUCUGUUUUGACUUGAUACAUUAAAACUUUUCGUUUUUUUUAA